AUGCCUUCCUAAAAAAAUAUCCUCAUUUUCUCUGCUUUGUCAUGUUUGCUUAAUGUAGCAUAAGCAGACCUAGACAGAGGUUUAACUACUCAUUUCAAGGAUUGGUUGAAUGCCAAUGGCUACGGUAAAUAUGGAUUCGACCGAUCAGAGCUCGUUGGUGGAUCAUUCGGUGGCAAAGAAUCUGAUGACGAUUCUGUAACUCACUUCCCCAUUGUUUAUUUUCACGGUAACUCUGACGUGGCAGUUGGAACUGAUGGAGAAUUCAAUGGCUUUACCAAAUCUAUUGAAUACUUCAUGAGUAAGGGCUACAAAAAGAGUGAACUCUAUAUUACUACUUGGGGACCCGCUAACAAAGACAAGGCUAGUGACCAAACACACUCAUAAGAAUAUUUGGAAUAUCUUAGAGCUUUCACAGAAGCUGUUCUCGCAUACACAGGAUCCUCAAAGAUUAAUGCUAUGGGUCACUCAAUGGGAGUCACACUCGCAAGAAGAAUAAUCAAGGGAGGCAAGGUGAAUGCCGCUUCCAACCCAUUUAACUUAGGUGUAUCCCUUGCAAACAAGGUUGACACUUUUAUUGGAAUCGCUGGUGGCAACUAUGGUCUUACCGCAUGUUACGUUGCACCCAUCAUCUAAACUUGCAACUCUUUGAAUGGAUUCUAUCCAGGAUACGCAAUAGGUCCCUUUGGACUCAGCUCUUAUCUUCAAGAGCUUAAUGAUGAUAGCAUUCAAGAAGGCUCUUAUACCUUUGGACUGAUGUCUAGUUACGAUGACCUCAUUGGUGCUGGUGAUAUUGUUUGGGGACGAUACACCUCAAAAUGGCCAACAAUGACUGACUCAAAGGUCUAUGACAGCUCAGAGUACACCCACAUGAAACUCAAGGAGUUAACAGUUGAAACUUAAUAUCAACUCAUAACUAAUCAUAAAUUCGGCCAUGCCAACGAUUCAAAUGAGUCUUUAUUCCUCCAAUGA